AUGGCUGGAACCCCAGAGACGUUCAUUAAGGAAAGAAUGAGCAAAUACUCGCGAUAUCUCUUCAAAACCUCAAUGUUUGGAGAGAACAUGGCUGUGUUUUGUGGAGCUUCCGGAAACAAGUUUCUGUUCACCAACGAGAAAAAAUAUGUCAUCUCUUGGUGGCCACGUUCCGUGGAAAAAGUUAUGUUUUCUCCUGAAACUCUUGAAAACUUUGUCCCAGAAGAUUAUAUUACAAUACGGAGAGCCAUAGUUGAAUUUCUCAAGCUAGAAGCUCUUCAACAUUUCAUACCUAUCAUGGACUCCAUGGCAAAGGAACACUUGGAGACAAAUUGGUUGUUUAUGAGUAUCACAGAUCGCAACUAUGUGGCAAUAUUGGCUGAUCCCUUUGCGCAGAUCAAAGAUGCAGGUUUAAUGUCUCUGCCUAUAAAUAUCCCUGGCACAUCCUUUAACCGUGCAUUUAAAGCAGGCAAAGUUAUUCACCAGAAGCUUUUAGAAGUUAUCCAACAGAGGAAGAAGGAGAACAGAGAAUAA